UGGAGAUCUCCGCCUCGCUGUGUUUACACAGUUGUCUCCAUUCAUUGAGUGAAAGGAAUCACUUCCCUAGUGGUAGCUGAUAAAAGCUCUCUGCGGCGCAGUGUCAGAGUCACUGGGAGACCCAGCACAUUCCUAUUCUCAGGCUCAGCACAAACUUAUUCCACUUCUUAAACAAACUCCAGUAUUUGCUUCCAAGAAGCAUGCAAGACCCUGACCGGAGAGCCCAGCUUUGUAGCAGCUGUCACUAUGUAGAGUGCCUGGAGAGAUGACCUCAGCUCGGGCAGGGACACUCAGGAGCUCAUUUCUACGAUUAUUUUGCACCAGGAUCUUCAGGGCUUUGGGUGGGAGACGCCCCAAGAGCAGGAGAAGUCUGCUGCUGCUCUGCACUGCAUGUCUACUUUAUGGGAUCUUUAUAGUCAGCCAGGUGGUACACAUUUUGCCCCAGCACAAGCCCACUCAGAGAGUGGAUGGAGAGACUGCCACACAGCAACCCAGGAGCUUUUUGGAGCAGAACACUUUUUAUGUUGAAAAUUCCCAGCCAGAUGGGGGCGCCCUGAACAGUUCCUCCACCCUCCAGCCUAAUGUUGUAUACAUCACCCUGAGGUCUAAGAGAAGCAAACCAGCCAAUAUCAGGGGCACAGUGAGACCAAAGAAGAGGAGGAAAUCUGCAGCCCUGGGGCAGCAUGGGUAUGAACCUAGCAUCCUGCAAAGCAUUGGCAGACCGGUGGACCAACGUUGGGAGGGGUAUCCAAAAAGGGGAGCCCCCACAUAUAAAUCCAAGGUACCAGCAACAAUUCAUUUAAGCGAUGCACGGGGGGAAACUAAUAAGCAUCACAGUAACAUAAGGAUUUACAGUGACAGUGCUCCCCCUUGGUUUCAUGCAGAAGAUAUCAGGACAAUGCGGUUCCUGGCAGACUCCAGGAUCUAUCAGAUUAGACAGGUGCCUGCGAGCCAUGCGCAUGUCAUCCACUUUAAAAGUCCGUCCAAGGAAAAGCCUCUGUUCUCCGCACCCAGCUCAAUCUGCCAGGGAACCUGUGGUCUCAUUAAGAGACCCUUGGACAUGAGUGAGGUCUUUGCGUUCCACUUGGAUCGGAUACUGGGGCUUAACCGGACGCUGCCAUCAGUGGGCAGAAAAUUUGAGUUCGUCCAAGAUGUACUACCGUGUCCUGUUAUAUUGUGGGACUCCUCUUUGCUUCCAACAGAUAACAACACAAAAUCUUCCAUUAAGCUGAAGUGGGGAAGUUACCAAAAGAUCCUUACACACAAGUGUUGGCUGAAUGGAAAAGUCCCUAAAAUAGAUCUUGGCUGUCCAGACAUACAUCACCACGAGUGGUCCAAGCUGGCACUUUUUGAUUUUCUUCUACAAGUCUACACACGUCUUGACAAACACUGCUGUGGCUUCAGACCUCGAAAAGAAGACACAUGUGUGCAAGAAGGGUUAUACUUGAAAUGUGACGACUCUCGCAAUAUUGACCUGACACAUAUUGUACAAAAGAAGAAUGACCCUCGGCACUUGGUUUUUAUCAAUAACAAAGGGUAUUUUGAUAGAAGCGAAGAUAAUUUGGACUUUAAGUUGUUGGAAGGAAUAAAAGAGUUUCCUGAAUCUGCUGUGUCAGUGCUAAAAAGUCAUAGACUACGGGAAAAACUCCUCCAGUCUUUCUUUCUGGACAAGAUUUUCUGGGAGAGUCAAGGGGGCCGCCAAGGGAUUGAAAAGCUCAUUGAUGUAAUAGAGAGAAGGGCAAAAAUUCUGCUUACUUACAUCAAUGCCCAUGGACUUAAAGUCUUGCCAAUGAAUGAUUAAACUGACCAAAUGACCUCAUGAAACAAGGCAGUGAAGAUGUAGUCACAUUUACUUGAACAACACAAAAUGCAUCAUUACAAUAUUUUUUCUAGAUGUGUAUAUAUUUUAGAAUAGUAUUCACUAGGCCCAGGUAAUAUGGUGUAUAGCUAUGGGAUCCUUUAGGCAGAAAACUGAAAGGUCUGAAACCUAAAAAGGGAAAAAAGUAGUCCUAUAGACGGGCAUGAGCAUCAAAUAUGUCUUCCCUUGGUCACUGGGAGGAGCACUGCUAAACAAUUUAUGGAGUAGAGCAAUACCAAGGACAAUGUGUAGAAAGACAGGUAAUUUUCUAUUUAAUUUGGUAUAUUUUAACAUGGCAGCCCAAAUAAUGAAGGACAUGCUUAUGCAAAAUAUUAUUUGUUUCAUGCAUAGAUUAUAUAUCCCAUACCUGUGUUCCCGUGUAUAUACAUGGUCCACAUUGUGCUAUAUUAUCUUCAGCAAUGUAAAACAUCCUUUAUUUUUAGCUAGUAAGAAGGUUUUAAAGACUUGUAAAACCAAAAAUGCUAAUUACAUUGGGCAUUUGGUAUAUACACAGCAACAAUAAGGAUAACUAUAUGUCAUAGCCUGCUUCCGUUGUGGUAAGAUAUACCAUUGCCUGUGGAGAGUGAAGCACAGAUUUCCAGCCUAGCUGAGUAUUUUUAUUUUUCCCCUGUCACAGCUUUGGAAUAUGUACUCCAACUAACAGGAGUGGGGAAGGUAAAUGUUUUCUAGAAUACACAUAAAACUUAUUUCAGAAAAAGAUUAAUGGGAUCUAUUUAUAAAAGCUAAAGCCUUGCUUAGGUUUAUGUGUAAUUUAAGAAAUGUCUAAUGCAGGGAUAUAAGAGAUAGCUCCUGCUUUAGCCAAAUUAACACUGCAGACCACAGUCUCCAUUAUUCUCAGUGGAGACUGCAGCCUAGGCCAAUUUACUAAGCACAGAAAAUCCUAGCGUUUUUGAGCUUGGCCAUGAUACUAACACCAUAUUAAGAUGGCGAUAGCCAUUAUAGCCCUAUGGGGAGAGCAGAGAUGGAGAUUAAUCUCCUGAUCCAUUCCCCAGCAGCCUCCAUUCUCCUCUCAUUGUUGCUUUGUUCUGUGCAGGGUCAGAGCUGGCAGUAAGAUGAUAGCGAUUCCUAUAACUUAUGCUGCAGGCCACUGAGCUGGGACGGGCUCCUAUGAGAGAUAAUAUCCUGGAGCCAAUUUUGUUGUUAAAUUCCACCAAAAAAUAAUUUCUUAUUGCUACAAUAUUCAAUAUAAGAUGCUACACUUUUUGAGGCCUCACUUUUAUGAAUGGUAAAUAGACUCCUACUAUCUGUAUGAUACAGAUUUGUUACAUCAUGUAUUGUGUAAUGGAAGUGAAGUAUAGUACUGAUCAUUGUAUUGAAGACAUAGCAAACAACAAGCUCAGGGAGAGGGGCGUCACUUACACACAGAACUAAAAGUUGUGUUGGAUGGAGUGCCGCUUUAGUACACACAUCUGUGUACAAUAGAGCUUUAUGAACUUUGUUUCCCAGAGCUACUGUAUAUUGGGAGAUGAGGAUGCAUUUGCACUGUGCUCAUUUUCUGGCUGAUGCCGAAUUGGACUUUGUAUAGCGUAAAGACCAUCCGCAUGCAUAUACAUCUGUUAUUUUGUACCUGCUCUAUUAGAGCUUUUUAUUAAUUGUAUGCACUCUAAAUAGCUGAUACGUAUUCUGCUGUCAAACCAAAUAUUAUAAAACGUGGGCAUAAGUACAUAAUACUUAAGCCUGAUGUAAACCUGGCGUAUUAGCUAUGGGUACAACCUCAUACAUUUUGCCAUUUGUGCACAUCUGCACUGCAGGCACAUAUUAUAUAUGAUCUUGUACGCAAAUAUUUUUAUAAACUCCGCAUCAUGCCUUGGUCUUCAGGAUCACUGGAGAGAGUGGGAGUGCACUCCUAUUUGCUAUACAUGGAGGUUAUAUUCAAUUAACAGCAACAUCACUAAAGAUAUUACUGUCAUUUAAAUAAAACCUUCCAUUUAUUACGUAUAUAUGCUCAAAUGUUAAUUUAAUGCUCUAACAAUAAUAAAACAUAAUAAUGAAUGCUUCUUACACAAUAAGAAGGUCAGCACGGAUGGUGCUCGAUUCCCGCCAUGGCCCUAACUGUGCGGAGUUUGUAUAUUACAUAGUUACAUAGCUGUUCAGGUUGAAAAAAGACAAAUGUCCAUCGAGUUCAACCUGUAUUAUACAUUUUAUAUUAAUUAAGUGCUGUAUCCUUGGAUAUUUUCCCUGUACUUGCGCAGGUUUCCUCCAGGUAAUCCGGUUUUCUCCCACAAUCCAAAAAUAUACUGGAAGGUUAAUUGGCUUCCAAAAAAUUAAUGCUAAAAUGUAAGUGCGUGUGUACAUAUAGGGCAGACUAGAUGGGCCAAGUGGUUGUUAUCGGCCAUCAAAUUCUAUGUUUCUAUGUUCUAUUCUAAAACAUAACAAUAAAAACAAAAAGAGAUUAAUAUAAGUUUUCUAUAGAAACAAAUAAAACAAAACUAUAUGCAAUACCUUUAUUCUAAAGGUAAGUUAUAUGUUGGGACCUAAAGUUCCUGUUUAUGUUUUAAAGCAUAAACUGUUUGUUUUGAAAUAUGACCAAAAUAAUAUAUAUAUUUCCUUUUUUUCCCUCUCAUUUUCCAUGUGUCUAAGCCAACGGCUUAUAUCUAUGUUUAUUUCACUUUUUAGUCUUUUUUUUUUUCUUUUUUCCUUUUUUUUUUUUUACUUACAAUUAUUUUUUUUAUUGACAUCUACAAAAAUGUACUGACAAUCAAUUUUUCUUACAUUCAAAAUAUAAUAUACUGUUUGUAAUACAAACAUGAAAGAAGUAGGUAGUUGUAUGUUAACUUGGGUAGGAAUUGGAAAUAAGGAGCUACUGUAUUUACUCUUUCUGGAACUAAACCAUUGACCUAAUGAAUUAUGCUUGAAAGUAGUGCAUCAUUUCAUAACCUUCACUGACAAGAAUUUUUUUUUUUGUAGCCAAUCAGUAAAUGUAGUGACCGUCAAUGUCUAUGACUAUAAAUAAUUGGGAGGAAAGAAACACAUACACAGAAUUGAUACACAAUUAGGGUAAAAUAAGGACCCCAUUUUUCAAGCCUUGGAGAGUAAUAAAUAGCACGUGAUAAAGUACAGUACCAACCAAUCAGCUCCUAACUUCCAUGUCACAGACUGUGAGGCAGAUAUAUUAACCUGGAGAAGGCAUAAGGAAGUGAU